UACAAAUGGCGUACAAGUCAUUUUGAGCGCUCCAAUCCAAACAAAACCUUUUUUUCCCCUUCAUUUUCUUAAACUUUCUCUCCUCUCCACCCUCUCACUCUCUCUCCUUCUCUCUCCUCGCUCUCGCCAAUUGGAGAACUGGAAGCUUCUCUCUGCUCCAUCAUCCGGCUCCUGAAUCGCUUCCGACUUUCAGUUUCAGCCUGGUGGUUGCUAAGAUUUUGAGGUCAGCAAUUCGUGACUAAACUUCCUGAAGACGACUUGGAGAGGAAGUAAAAUAGCGUAUUAAGACUUCAAGCUGGAGAUGGAUACAGCCUCAUCAUAACACACAUCUAUUGGGGAAGCUUAUAUUGAAGCGAUGCCAAAGCACCGCGUGAGGGAGUCGAUUAAGUCCUCAUUUGGAAGUCACAUCAAUUCACAAAAGCAUGAAGAGCUGAAAGGAACUAAAAUAGAUAUUGAGGAGAAGGUGAAUAAAAUAUUGAAGCUUCUAAAAGAUGAAGAUCCUGAAGAAAAAGAUGACACCUCCGUCGAGAACUCCAAAAAGGAACCUCUUGCGGAGCUAAUUCAGGAUUUCCACAAAGAGUACCAAUCACUCUAUGCACAAUAUGAUCACCUAACCGGAGUGCUGAAGAAAAAAGUUCGGAGCAAACAAGAAAAGGACAGCAGCUCCUCAUCAAGUUCAGACACAGAUUCCAAACAUUCUUCAAAUGACAGAAGCAGUAAAAAUGGAGUGCUGGAAAGUGACUUUCAGAAAAUCACUGAUGGGAUUAAGCAUGAACUUGAAUUGGCGCAUCAAGAAGUUGCUGACCUGAACAGGAGACUGACAGCUACAAGUGAAGAGAAGGAAGCUUUAAGCUCAGAAUGUGCGGUGGCUUUGACCAAGAUAGAAGAAAUGAAGAAUAUUGUCAUUGACUUGAAGACUGAAGCUGAAAAGUUAGAUGCUGAGAAUAGUGAACUUAAACAGAAACUGGAAGCUGGUGAAAAGAUAGAAGCUGAACUGAAUCAAAAAGUGGAAGAUUUGGAAAGAGAGAGAGAUAACUUGAUUAAGGAGAAAGAGACCGCUCUGAGAACGAUUGAAGAUGGAGAAAAUGUAACAGCGGAAUUAAGAACCUUGAUUGAUCGGCUGAAAGAUGAAAAAGUAACCCUUGAGCAAGAACUGGAAUCUGUUCGAGGGGAAGUUAUCCAUAUGAAGCAGCAGCUGCAAUCUGCAGAGCAGCAGGUAUCAGAUCUAAGCCACAAUCUGAAAGCCAAGGAGGAAGAAACCUUGAAAAUUGUGGAGAUCUCAACUGAGAUUCAGCAGGCACAGAAUGUGAUACAAGAACUCACAACUGCAUCUAGUCAGCUAAAGGAGAAAUUGGGCCAGAGGGAAGUGGAAUAUUCAACUCUUUCUGAGAUGCAUGAGCUGCAUGAGAAGAAGACAUUGGCUCAAAUUACGGGAUUAAAGGCUGCUGUGGCAGAGCUGGAAUUGGAACUGGAAUCUUUGAGAGAUCAGAAAAGAGAGAUGGAAGUGAAAAUUGAGAGCACAGAAACUGAAGUAAAACUGGGAGAGGUAAAUGCAGGACAAAAAGUCCGAAUUUCAGAACUUGAGUCAAUAUCAAACAAGAGAGAAGCUGAGCUUUCUUCUCUCAUGAAAAAACAUGAGGAUAGCAAUAGUGAAUCUAUUCAUCUGAAGGAGCAAUUGGAUCAGAAGGAAAAGGAAUAUUCAACUCUGUCUGAGAAGCAUGAGCUGCAUGAGAGUAAAACGUCGGCUGAAAUCAUCGGAUUAGAGGCUGUUGUGACUGGACUGAAACUGGAGCUGGAGUCUUUGCGAGGUCAGAAAAGAGAUAUAGAAAUUGAGAUUGAGAACAAAGAAACUCAUGUGAAACAACUAGCAGAAGAGAAUGCAGGAUUACAAGCCCAAAUUUCAGAACUUGAAGAGAAGAUAAGAACUAAAAGCCUUGAGAGUGACCAGUUGAGAGCAGAAAUUGUGGAGCUAAAGGAUCAAAUUGUUGAAUUUGAGAAGAGACUAACAGAAAAAGGGGGCGAGUUUUCUUCUCUCCAGGAGAAACAUGACAGUGCAGUGAACGACGCUUCUGCUCAAAUAACAGCCUUUGUGUCACAGGUUACUAGUCUAGAACAGGAGUUGGAUUCAUUGCAGAAUGAGAAGAACCAGAUGGAGUUGCAGUUUGAGAGGGAGAAACAAGAACUUUCGGAAAGCCUGACACAAUUGGAAAAUGGGAAGUUUGAUUUAGAGAGCAAAAUCGCUGAUCAUCAAAGACUGCGGAAUGAACAGGAGGAGAUAUGCAGCAAGUUAAAGGAGGAAUGUAUACAGCUGGAGAGUCAGUUCCAGGACACUAAGGUCAAUUGCGACGCUGCAGAAAGGAAAGUCGAGCAAGUGGCAGAAGAUUUCAGUAAAAAAAUUGAAUCCAAAGAUGAGAAGAUAGCGGAUUUGGAGCAAGAGGUUGAAUAUCUGAAACAAGAUCUAGAAGAAAAAGGGUACGAGCUUAGUUCUUUGGUUGAAAGCUCCCGCAAUAUUGAAGUUAAGCUCCGCCUGUCAAACCAGAAGGUCCGGGUUACAGAGCAGGUAUUGACCGAGAAAGAGGAGAGCUUCAAAAAGGCUGAAUUGAAAUUCCUGGAAGAACAGAGAGCACUUGAAGACAGGAUUGCUAGAUUGUCUGGUGUAAUCACUGCAAACAAUGAAGCCUAUCAAAGAAACAUCACACUCAUUUCAGAAAAUGUGAACAGUUCUUUGAGCGGAAUUGAAUCUGUGAUCAAUAAAUUUGUGAACGACUAUGCAAAGUAUGAGACUUGCAUUCUGGAAACGUCACAGCAGCUUCACAUUGCAAAGAACUGGGUUGCGGAAACAAAUAAUGAGAAGGAGAAGUUGAAGAGGGAGGUGGAGGACCUAAUCAAACAACUGAGAGAUAAGAAAGAAGAAGCGUUCAUGCUUGGAGAGCAGUUCGAGAGGAUGCGGGCAAAGGCAAGCAAGGAAGAAGUGGAGAAGGGGAGUGUGAUCAAAGCCGUGAGCCAACUUGAGAAGAAAGCGGCGGACUUGGAGAAGAUGGUGGAGGAGAAAAAGGAGGGCAUGCUGGGAUUAGGAGAGGAGAAAAGGGAAGCCAUAAGACAGUUGUGCAUUUGGAUCGAGUAUCACCAAAGCCGGUACGAUCAUCUCAAGGAAGUUCUCUUGAAGACAACUCCUGCAGGAGGCCAGGGGAGGGCAUCAUCGUCUCGGCCUUGAUCAAAUUUUGUUUUUUCUUCGAUUGCAAUUUGCAACACGACAGUUUUUAGUCUUUUUGCAUCAUGCAUUGUUGUCAUUGAUUCCAUUUUUUGUGUUUCUUUUGAAGGCUAGUGUUUAUAAAGCAUUUAGGUAGGUCACGAAGGCUAUCAGUAUUCCAGGCAUGUAUAAAAUCAUGCAGAUGGUUCAUUCUUUGUUAAACUCAUUCCUGUCGAAUGUCGGAUGUUAUUGGUUCGUACGAGAAAUAAGAGUUUCGAAUUCAUAAUCA